AUGGCUAUCAAGUUACGAAGUCGACCACGAAUCGCUUGUCUUUUGUGCGUGCUUUUGUCUUUGUUGGCAAAUGGGCUUGGCUUUGCAGCAAAGAGUUCUUCGGAGAUGAAUACGAAUCACAGCGGCCUCGAGACAGUCUCGAGACGGGAAAAGGAAGAAUCGUCCAUAUCGGUAGCGUUUCUAGGCAAUUCUAUUUUGUACUUUAACGAUUGUCCUCGUUUGGUGCAACGUAUGCUCGAGCAUUCCGGGAGAUACAGCUCGGUACAACAAGAUUCCUGUUUGCGAGGCGGCGCGUCGCUGCCGUCGUUAUGGGAGGAAGGGAACGGCAUGACGAGUAAGUUUCGCACACCGGCCGCCCAGCGCAACGACGGUACCUUUGAUACCGGAGCGCCUAUGGUGUCGGCCUUGUUCGGGGAAGAGAUGGAAUGGGAUUUUGUGGUCAUGAACGAUUAUACGCAGGCACCAGCGCGAGAUUCCAAUCGACGGCGGACGCUGGAAGUACUACGCAAGCACUAUGCGCCGCUCUUUCAGAAAUCCAACGUCGUCCCUGUAUUUUUGCAAACAUUCGCCUACAAAGUUCCCAAUAUGAACGGUAGCGAAGAUUUAGGUGGUGUGGAUAGUUUUACGGACAAAGUCCUGGAGGGGUAUCAGAUUUACCAAGAGUUACUAGAGACUUUGCUGGGGCGCGAAUGCCGGGUCGCCCCAGUGGGAGAAGCAUUCCGGGUUCUGUACCACGAGCACCGCGUGCUUUGGGAAAAACUGUACAGCUGGGACGACUUUCAUCCGAGUCCGCACGGGACCUGGUUGGAAGCUUGCGUCAUCUACUGUACGGUAACAGGAGAAGCUCCGCCCGCGUAUACCGAUCUGGAUUCGUGGUGGAAUCAGGCUCGCUAUCUGCAGCCCCCCUCGCAGGAGCCCAUGCCGCGACCAACGGUUGGCGAAGCGAACGAAUUGCGAUUACUAGCUUGCCGAAUCUGCCAAGUUAUGGAGUGUAAUCCGACAGAUCCCUUUACCGGUGGGGCAAACAUGAUUUCCGACGGCGAAUUGCGCCCUUUCAAACUGUAA